AUGGAUACCAUGGGCUCCAAUCCCGUAUCAGCUUUUCCACUGUGGCAGGAGGCUCGGAAUGCGGACGGGCGAGUCUAUUACUACAAUGUCCAAACCAAGGCUACCCAAUGGGCCAAACCGUUCGAGCUUAUGACCUCGCAGGAACGCGCCCUGGCUAAUCAGCCAUGGAAAGAGUAUACCGCCGAAGGGGGCCGAAAAUACUGGUACAACACGGAGACAAAGAAGAGCUCUUGGGAAAUGCCUGAUAUUUAUAAGAAUGCCCUUUCCAAGGGGCAAGAUCUAGGAAGACUAACGCCCGGAACAGCUGAUUUCGUCGCUGGUGGUGUAACAACUCUGAGUGCAUACCCGCCACACCGGGACCGUGCCGACCAUGAGCGCAAUAUUGGCGAACGUCGAACCUUAUAUGGUACAGCUGAAAUGAACGGCACUGUUGGUUCUCAGCACGCCGAACUGGAUUAUCCCACAUUUGAAGAUGCAGAAGCCGCUUUUAUGAAACUCCUUAAACGGCAUGGCGUACAAGCGGAUUGGAAUUGGGAACAAGCGAUGCGUGUCGUGAUCAGGGACCCUCAAUACCGUGCUUUAAAAGAUCCGCGAGACCGUAAGGCUGCAUUCGAGAAAUAUGUGGUUGAAGCCCUCACCCAAGAAAAAGACCGCGCAAAGGAAAGACUGGCCAAAUUAAGAACAGAUUUUGGUACUAUGCUGCGAAGACAUCCAGAAAUCAAACAUUAUAGUCGAUGGAAAACCAUCUACCCUAUCAUCCAAUGUGAAACAAUUUUCAGAUCUACAAGCGAUGAGAAUGAGCGGCGCCAAUUUUUCGAAGAGUAUAUAUUGGAACUUAAGAAGGAUACUGCAGAAGCGGAAGCUAACAUGCGGAAAAUCUCAAAGGAGAAUCUUGCUGGGAUCCUACGAGGUUUGGACUUGGAACCAUACACACGUUGGUCGGAGGCGCGGGAUCUGAUUUAUUCAAAUGGGCAAAUCCAAAGCGAAUUACAGUCAAAAAUCUUGACACAGUCAGAUAUCCUCAUAGCUUUCGAAAACCAUAUAAAACUUCUGGAACGAACAUUCAACGAUGCAAAGCAGCAACAAAAAGCGAAUAAAAUGCGGAGGGAGCGUCAAAACAGAGAUAAUUUUGUGGACUUGUUACGAGAUUUUAGGAAUCAAGGUAAAAUCAAGGCUGGCAGCAAAUGGAUGGAUCUUUUCCCACUUAUUCAAGAGGACAUCCGGUACAAACAUAUGCUCGGCCAACCUGGCUCCACCCCACUGGAUCUGUUUUGGGACGUGGUAGAAGAGGAAGAGCGGUCAUUGAGAGCUCCACGAAACGAUGUCCUUGAUGUCCUAGACGACAAACGUUAUGAACUUACAUUAAAGACGACCUUCGAUGAAUUUGCUCUUAUCAUGAAAGCUGACCGCCGCACAGAAAGAAUUGAUCACGAAACACUUCAGCUUAUUUUCAAUCGCCUUCGAGAAAAAGUGGUUCGGAGAACAGAGGAUGAGAAACAUGCGGCGAGUCGUCAUCAACGCCGCGCUGUAGAUGCGUUGCGGUCAAGGAUCAAGCGUCUCGACCCGCCUAUUCGGGUUUCGGAUACAUGGGAACAAGUGAAGCAAAGGGUUGAAAAGACUGAGGAGUAUCAUGCUGUCGACAAUGAGGAAUUACGCUGCUCAGCAUUUGACAAGGCUGUUCGUCGCCUUAAAGAAAAGGAAGAGGAUGCCGAGAGAGACCGUGAAGCAAGCGACCGUGACCGCCGUGAGGCUUAUGACCGCUUUGAUCGCUUGGACCGUUCGGAGCGUGGCCACCGCAGUACCCAUGCCACUUACCGGGCCGAAAGAAGAGCCACGAGCCGUUUGAGCCGUACACCGGAACCGGAUGCUUACGAAGCUGAUCGCCGGAAGGCACAGGCAGAUCGCGAGAGAUCCUAUCGAAAAGCCAGUGGACUUUCGCCGGUUCCCACGUCACACCGGGAGAAGGAUAGGGAUAGAGAACGAGGCCGGGGCCGGGGCAGGGAUCGGGAUCGAGAACGAGAACGAGAGCGUGAAAGGCCAAGUAGUCGCCACGUUGGUCAUUAUGAUCGAGAGCGCCGUGACUGGGAAGAAGAGCGUGAAAAGCUAUAUCCAAGCCGUGCCGACCCGAGAAGUAGCCGUGAGGAACUUGAUUAUGGCGUUGAAGAGGUUUCCCGGAGCACAUCCAGUCAAAUGGUCGGUGAACGGCGGCGACGUCGAGAUAGUGAAACUGAGAGUGUGGGAAGUCGUGGCGCAAAACGCUACAGGCGAGAUGGCAGGGAUCCUGACCGCAUGGCUGAUCGGCCUAGAAGGGACAAGGAAAGCCAAAGGCUACUUACUAAAGGCUCAUGCAUGGAUAUUGCGUCCGAGAAUUCAAAUACUGAAUGUUUCCGUGGCAAAGAAAAUCCAGCCGUUCACUCAGGUAGUGAAGAAGGUGAAAUCGAGGAGGAUUGA